GAAAGCACCAACCUGAAGAAGAUAACAAAUAGCAAAUAAAUGAAUUAGAACUUUAUUUCUUCUCUAUAUAUAAACACACCACAAUCUCUCAUUCAUCUCCCUCUUCUUCUUCUCCAUCUUCAAUCAAACCAAACCUCUCUCUCUCCCUCCAUCUCGGACAACCUCUCCCGAGAAAGCAUUUCUAAUUUUCUUUGUUCAGAACUCAAAAAAAAACGAUUGGAACCAAAACUUUGUCCUGUCUAAAUUUAUCAGUUUGGUGUUGUGUAAUAAUUUUUUUUCUUCUACAAAGUCACUAAACAUUCUUUUAUUUUUCCUUCGGGCCUUCUUCUCGUAUCAGCCCCGCGACUGUUUUUAAUAUUCGCCAUCACCGGAGAGACUCCGUGGUGUUGCGUUUUAAACCGGUCUGAACCAUUUGAUCCUGAAAAGAAAUUGAGUUUUGUAAUAAAUCUCUUUUUUUUUUCUCUCUCCGACCAAAACUAUGAACUCGAGGUUACGUUACGAUCCUAACCAGAUCUCAAGGACGAAACCUUCAGACACUCCAUCGUCAUCUCCGUCUCGUAGCCACAGAAGACACCCUCUCCUCCAGAGAAGCCUCUCCUCACCUUCUCCGACCGCCGCCACUUGCGGCGGUUCAACUCCGGCAGAAUUCUGCGGCGGCACGACGGCGAGUUGCGCCGCCGUGUGUUGUUGCUGUCCCUGCGGACUCGUCAACCUCCUCGUCCUCGCGGUCUACAAAGUCCCGCGAGGUAUCUGCCGCCGCGCUCUCCGUAUCCGCCGCCGUAAACGGCUCGUCAAGAACGGGAUCCUCCCGCCGCUUCCGACGGACGCGAGGGUGUUUCAGAACUCCGAGUUCGCGAUACAUCCCGUGGAUAGCAACGACGUCUCGGACGAGGAUGAUGAUGAUGAUUUCUUGGAUCUUAAGUACUUCGGAAAACCGGUGGCGGCGGGGGUUGCGACGGACGUGGAGACGGAGGAGGACGAUGAGGCGGUGUUGGCGUUGGAGAAGGAGAUGUGGAACAGGUUUUAUGGUGCGGGGUUUUGGAGAAGUCCGUCGCAGAGAGAGUCUGUGUCUUCUCCGAAAGUUUCGAAGUCUUUUUCGUUUUAGCCGAGGAGGAGAGGCAGAGGUGGAGGAGGAGGAGGAGUUAUAUAAACAGCUUUGUUAAUAUAGUUCUUGUUUCUUGAUUGUGUAUGCAAAGCAAUGUCUCUUGAAUUGUUCGAUUGAUCUUUGGUGCGAGGUUUUAUUUCAAAUGUUAAAUGGGAUUUUUGUGAUCAUCAAAGAUGAAAUUUUCAAAACUGAAUCAUGUGUUUGUUGAUUAAGUGACAUGACAUGAAAUGAAAAUGCAUACAAGAAAAUUAACGCAACUCCCUAUAAAUAAUUC